AUGCUAGGAACAUUUCCUACCAUUUCUCUGCAGUACUUACAGUAGAAGCCCCGUGCGUCCCACGUCAAUCUUUAGAUGUGGUCUCUUUCUCGAUUAGUAAUUUGCAGGAAAUAUAGGUACUAAAAAUUACUUAGAGUAAUGGCUGCCUGGCUAUUAGUGUAUUGAAAGCGUAGCUGGAUCUUUCAAAAAAGAUGAUUGUAAAAAAAAGCAACAUUAAUGGGAAAGACACAAGUACUAAGAUAACGCAAUCUGGUGGAAAAUUCAGAGGUGAUGAGAAAAUUGUUUUACCUAUAAAAACAGAUUUAUCAAAAAUAAAUUCAUAAUGCCACCCGUUAAAACCAGGUUUUGUAAAGGAAAAUAAUGCGGACGUUGGAGCUCAUCAGAGCUGCAAACUGAUGUGAAAACAUAACCAUGUGGUGUUUGUGUCAACUUUCCUUAUCCACGGACAUUCGCGUCUUUUCUAUAAUAACAGGACCUUCACAAUACAGUGCUGAACCCUGUUAAUCCGGUCGCAAACGGGCCAAUUUAUUGUGGCUGUAUUAUCGCGGUGGCUGUGUUAAAGGGAUUCUUUAAUAGGAAAAUGACUCAGUUAGCUUUUGUUCGGACCAAAAUAAAGUGGCCGUAAUGAAGAGGUGGCGGUAUAAAUGGGGUGGGGUUUCAUAUACGUUUGUUCCUUACAGUAUGUUAUAUCCACAACAGGUGCUAAUGGGUUGUCUGAAGCUUUCGUCUCGUUGAUAGCCAUUGCUGUGGUUCUUUUUGUUGUUGUCAUUGUCCUGCUUGUUUUGAAGCACAAGAGAAAGACAAAUACAUACAACAUCAAUAAAAAGCGAAUAAAAGCCAAACAAGAAAUCACCCAGCUUGAAAUUGAGAAUGACGGAGAUACAAUGAAACGGUUGAGAAAAAACCGACCCAUUGCAAGUGAUAAUGCUGAAGAUGGCUCGCGCUAUGUCACGAAUGAAAAUCAAGUCAUCGAUAACGAGACUUACUUACAAAAUAUGGCAUUUGAAAGAAACUGGGAAAUAUCUCGAGACAGGCUGACAAUAUCAAUUGAGAAACUUGGUGGAGGAGAGUUUGGAAUUGUGAAUAAAGGAGUAUAUCUAAGGACUGAUGGGAAUGAACUCCUGGGCUGCGAAAAAGAUGGAUGAUCACUCUUGGUGCCGAUGAAGAGCACAAGUUAUCCGGAUCCGAGAGCUUUAUUCAUUAGCAACAAAUACAAUCUCAAUUCUAGCUUUUGAUUGGAUUAAGAGUUCAGAAGUUAGAAACCAGCAGCAAAGAUAUGUUAACUGAGUUAACUGAUAGACGCAUGUGUUUUCUGACAUAAGGAAUUACUUUUGCUUUUCAAUAUCGGUGUUAUCUUCUUUAAAUCAAAGUUCUCUUCUAACUGUUUUUAAGGCGACCAAUAGUUGAUGGAAAAGAGCUUGUGACUGUAAUAGCUGUAGUGAUAGUCGUUACCCAUUUUUAUUACAGGACUAACUACGUUUAGAAGGCCAAACUAAAUUCAUCCAAUAAUCCGAUUGCCCAAUUACUUUUCUGAUAUACAUUAAUGCUCCCAGCCCAUGAAAUCAAAGUAGACAACAACAACUUUUGAUGGGAGAAAAGGGGUAGGGGAUGAAGUGCUCGAGUUGCCCAUACGAAUCUUAUAGGAUGACACGGGUCAGGUGGUUGGCACCGAGAGAGCCUAAACAAUAAGAACAUUAUUAGGCGACAACAACCAGGCUGCAGAGAGGUCCUAAUCCUCUCCCUGGGGUACUAAUCCCCAGCCCCCCGCCCCCCUGGAAAGAGGGGUAAUAGUCCUUUCCCUCCUUUCCAGGAGUCCCUGUAGUCCCUAGGCUACUGAGAAGUCCUAAUCCCCUCUCUGCGGUCUUAAUUCCCAGGCCCCCGCUGGGAAGAAUCAGCACAACAAACAACAGAGGUUUGGUUCCUUGGUAACAAGGCUAUGUGGGGGGGCCCUUUCUGCCACGAUGGCUUGCCAUGUGAGUCUAUGUCGCAAAGGGGCGAGCUAUAUGGAGCACUUCAUCCCCUCCCAUAGUUUAUUUAUUCUAAGAAAUCAAACAAUCAGAAAGUUCUAAGCCUGUUAAGCUAACAAAUCAGUGGUCAUUAUCUGUUGUGACCAGAAGCAAAGAACAAAAUACGUGAAGGCUGAUACCAGCUUCAAGUCAGUGUUAUAACAUUUGUAAAUAAAGCUCAAUGAGCAAGCAUGGUCCAUGUGUCCAAAACAGCACUUGGCAUGACACUAACAGUAACAAUUAUAACAAUGUCUCAAUGAGCAAGUAUGUAUGCUGCUCAAGUCCAACAACACUAAGCUAGAUAACUACAACUGCUGCAUAGCAGUAUGAUUAUGUGUGGCAAAACAGUUGAUAAAACUAUACUUAGUCGUUAACGCUAUGCUCAAAGAGAACCAAAUGGGUUUGGGUGGGCGGGAAUUUUUCACAACACUCUGAGAGGUCAGAAAACUUGAAUUUGAACUACAGAUGUGAAGAUAAGACCACAUGGUCUUGAUUUACAUAAUGGAAAAGCAUAAAUAUGAUUGGCCCGGGAAUAACACGCCAUAAUGACGCGAAAGGUGAAUUUGACCUUUCGACACAAUGAGAAGGUGUUUGUCUUACCGUGAUAUUGCGUGACAGAAAGGUAUAUUAAGAAUAUAUGGGUCAUAUAACUUC